AUGGAGAGCCCGCCACAGACGGCGGCAGAACCGCCAUUUUCACUGGCUCAAGAAAAGCCACAGGACGGCCCUGGGCUGGAGCAGCCCCUGUCCUCACCGUCCCAAGAACACCGAGUGGGAGGGCCGCACUGCAGCCCUGAGACCUGGCACGUGAGCUUCAGAACGUUCAGUGCGGCCCGGGGCUCGGACCCCAUUCAGGACCUGCGGAGGCUCUCCGAGCUGUGCCGCCUGUGGCUGAGGCCCGAGCUGCACACCAAGGAGGAGAUCCUGGACCAGCUCGUCCUGGAGCAAUUUAUGAUCUCCAUGCCCGAGGACCUCCAGGUCCUGGUCAGGGAGAGUGGUGUGCAGAGGUGCCAGGAGCUAGAGGAGAUGCUCAGGAGCCACAGGAGGCCCAAGAAGUGGUCUGUAGUCAUCAUAGAAGGAGAGAAAUUCCUUGUUCGGAAUCCAGAUGCUCAGACUGCUGAAGCUGCAGCUGGUGAGUCAGACGUCGUGAUGGACUUGUCCAUCAAGUGCCCCUCCUCUGCUAGAGAGGUGCCUCCCCGGAGCAGCCAGGCUGACCCGCAGCUUCAGAGCCCACCAGAGGGCCAGGGUGAAGAAGUCCUGCCAGAGCCCAUUCCUGAGGAAGGAGACCUGGAGGGGCGGAGAGGCCAGCAGAAGCUGGGGGAGAAUCUGACGGAAAAUGGAGAAGUGGCCCCUCCCCAGGGGUCUCCAGAGCCUGCACUUCUACGGGGUCCUGAUUCCGGGAAAAAGCCCCAAGAAGUUUCUACUAAAAAUGUGCCGGCGGGCGCACGUUCCUCCCGCAAUGGGCCGGGAGAAGGGUUGGUUGAGGACCCGGAAGAUCCUCCCACGCUGAGACAUUCCAAAAGGAGGAGAAGAGACCAGGCCCCCGCUUCCCAGGAAGCUUCCCCAGGGACCCACCCGGAUUCUGACAGCAGACAAUUCUCAGGACAAGUUGAGUUAAAUUCAGUUGUUCCUCCGAGCUCUGGGCCACCUGCAGGUCCUCCUGCUGUCGAAGAAACCGUCCGUAGGGCCCGGCAGGAAUGCAGCGUGUGCAAGAAGAGCUUCUGCUACAGGUCUCAGCUGGUCAUCCACCAGCGGACCCACACGGGAGAGAGGCCCUUCAAGUGCGGGGACUGCAGGAAGGGGUUCAUGCAGGCCUCAGACCUCCGCGUGCACCAGCGCAUCCACACUGGCGAGAGGCCCUUCGAGUGCGGGGUCUGCCACAAGCAGUUCACGCACGAGUCCACCCUGCAGGGCCACCGGAGGGUCCACACCCAGGAGAAGCCCUUCCAGUGUGCAGAUUGCAAGAAGUGCUUCAGCCACAAGGGCAACCUGAACGUGCACCGGCGCAUCCACAACCAGGUCAAGCCCUACACAUGCGACGUGUGCGGUCGCGCCUUCCGCCAGCUUGGGACCUCCAAGCGCCACAGGAAAAUGCACGCGCGGUCCCACAGCCAGGUUUAG